AUGAAAACAAUUACUCAAUUUUUAUUAGCUUUCGGUAUCUUAUUUACUAGUUUUAGUAUUAUUUCUUUAGGUAAUAGUCCAGUACUUGCGGUUGUGUUUUUAAUAGCUACUUUUGUAUUAUCUGCUAUUUAUUUAUUAUUAGUAGGUAUCAGUUUUAUAGGUAUUUCUUAUAUUAUAUUAUAUGUUGGAGCCAUAGCAGUACUUUUUUUAUUUGUAAUUAUGAUGCUUAAUUUAAAGGAUAAAGAUUUAGUUGAGCCUACUUCUGUUUCUUUAAAUAAUAGCAUUUAUAGUUUUAUUAUUGUAAUUUUUUUUGCAUAUAUAAUUAAUUCAUUAACUAAUUACUCAUUUAAUUUACAAAACUUUAUUGCUUUAGAUUAUUUAUCCGCAGGUUCAUUCCAUCUGAAUAGCAAUGUUUUAUAUGAUCUUUAUUUUUCAAGCGAAGUUAAUCUUAGCAACGGGGACGAAGCAGCGGUAAUUUAUUCUAAUUUAGUUAAUAAUUUAAGUUCAGCUAUGAACUCUAUUAAUAAUUGA